AUGGAUCGUAGCAACCUCCUUACCGCUACCGCUGAAAUCAAGGACGAAGACCGAUUACCUUUUAUAGUAGAGCUUGUACCGAAUCCCGCUCGGCUUAAAGAGCAGCGCUUUGGCGCUAAUGCAGAUCGAUCUAAUCGAUUUAACAAAUUCUCUUCUCUCGGAAACGCUUUUAAGUCAGCAAUCAAAACUCUUAGAUCGUCUCGCAAGGACCCGAAUACGCCGAAGCUCCUUCGCUACCACUUAGUCAACGAGAUAGAAUACGGCGCUGGACCUGAAUACGGCCCUUAUUCGGAUGACUCGGACGAUAGGCCCUACUUCGACGCUCUUAAGGAUCACUAA